AUGCGUUACUCUACUGCCGCCGCUGCUUUCCUGGCCACUGGUGCCAUGGCCCACUACGAUGAGGUUUCCAAGGUCUACGAGACCAAGCACGUUACCAUCACCUCUUGCGGACCUGAGGUCACUAACUGCCCUGCUCGAUCUACCGUCGUCAGCACCACCUCUUACCCCGUCCCUCCCAAGGUCACCUCUGCUCAGCAGGGCGCUGACACCACUGAGGCCUACGAGGUCCCUGAGGUUCCCGCUACCACUGAGAUUCCUGAGGCUCCCACCACUGAGGCUCCUAUGACCACCUCUACCAUCUACUCCACCAACAUCAAGACCAUCACCUCUUGCGGUCCCGAGGUCCCCAACUGCCCUGCCACUGGUGGCACCCCCGUUGUCGUUACCGAGACCAUUGCCGUCUCUACCACCAUCUGCCCCGUUGAGCCUACUGGUGGCAGCGAGAAGCCCGGCAAGCCUGAGACUCCUGGUCAGCCCGAGAAGCCUGAUACCCCCGGAACUCCUGAGCAGCCCGAGAAGCCCGAGCAGCCCGAGAAGCCCGAGCAGCCUGAGACCCCCGAGACUCCUGGCAAGCCCGAGCAACCUCCUGCUCCCCCCGCCCAGACCCAGCCCGAGCAGCCUCCCGCUCCUCCUGCUCAGACCAAGCCCGUUGUUCCUGAGCAGCCCGGCCACCCCGGUAACGGCACCGUUCCUCAGCCUCCUCCCGUCUACCCCAACCCUCCCGCUACCGAGUCUGGAGCCAAGCCUAUCGUUCCUCCCACUCCUGUGCCCGGCCAGCCCGAGCAGUGUGUUCCUUCUCAGUCCGUGACUGCUAUCACCAAGGAGUACACCACCGUCCUCACCAGCGUUGAGUACUCUACCGUCCAGGUCCCUUGCGCCACUGGCACCAACCCUACCACUCCUGAGACCCCCGAGACUCCUGAGAAGCCCCAGAACCCUGGUGAGCCUGAGGUUCCCGCUCCUACCGGACCUGCUGCUGGUGUUCCUCCUCCUGCUACCACCCCCAUCGGCGGUGGCAACCAGACCAUGCCUACUCCUCCUGCCGUCACUGCUGGUGCCUCUACCUUUGCCGGCUCCGCUUUCUUCGCUGCCGUUGCUGGUAUCGCCGCUUUCAUCAUGAUCUAA